UUCUCAUUGGCUGGCGACGAGCAAGGCGCGCAGCGGGAGGCCAUUUCCAACGAGCUGGCGGGGGGCAAAAGAUGGCGACGCCCCUUGGGUGGUCGCAGGGGGGAUCUGGAUCUGUGUGUCUCGCCUUUGAUCAACUGCGGGACGUGAUUGAAUCUCAGGAGGAACUGAUCCACCAGCUGAGGAAUGUGAUGGUUCUCCAAGAUGAAAAUUUUGUCAGUAAAGAAGAGUUCCAGGAAAUAGAGAAGAAACUGGUGGAAGAGAAGGCUGCUCAUGCAAAAACCAAAGUCCUCCUGGCCAAGGAAGAGGAGAAGCUGCAGUUUGCCCUCGGAGAGGUGGAGGUUCUGUCCAAGCAGCUGGAGAAAGAGAAGUUGGCCUUUGAGAAAGCGCUCUCCAGUGUCAAGAGCAGAGUCCUGCAGGAGUCUAGCAGGAAGGACCAACUCAUCACCAAGUGCAAUGAAAUUGAGUCUCACAUUAUAAAGCAAGAAGAUAUACUUAAUGGCAAAGAGAAUGAGAUUAAAGAGUUGCAGCAAGUUAUCAGCCAGCAGAAACAGAUUUUCAGGAAUCACAUGUCUGACUUCCGGAUCCAGAAGCAGCAGGAGAGCUACAUGGCCCGGGUGCUGGACCAGAAGCAUAAGAAAGCCUCGGGAGCACGUCGGGGCCGUAGCCGUCAGUGUCCCAGGGAAAAAUAAAAUGCUGGUUCUCUUCCUGUUCU